AUGCAGGCGGCGGCCCUGUGCGCCUUCGGUCUGUUGCUGCCGUGGACGGCUCGGGGGCAGAGCUGUUGGCAUGGCGAGUUCGAUGAGCAGCGCUGUUGCGUGAAGAACGACCCGGCCUGCUGGGACGACCUGUACACGCGCGGCAAGUGUUGCAUGGGCAACGAGACGCGGAGGAGUCGCGGGGAUCCGACCUGCUGGAUGGAUGGCUAUUCCUACGAGGAGUGCUGCAAGGAGAACCCCAAAGACGGCUGUUGGGAUGCCAACUUUGGGCCGGAGCGUUGCUGCGUGGAUAAGGAGCUGAACGUCACCGACCUCACGGUCAACGUCCUGGAGAUCGACUUCGCCGAAGCCUUCGGCCGGAUCCUGGCGCACCUGAACGACGACAGCGACUGCGAGGGCGAGGAGUUCUGGAACGACGUGAAGAAGACCGGUGCGGCCUUAAACGUGAGCCACACCUUUGGACAGGUGGGCCGGCCGCCCAAUGACGUCAUACUGAAAUUGGUUUCGAAGCGCGCGCUCCGCUGGGCGCAGGAGCCGCAGACCUGGCACGCCGAUGCCGCGCAGUGCCCAGAGGGCGCCCUGGCUGCGGUGGACUUGGUCAUCUCCGACAUCGACCGUGCCCUGGAGCGGUGGACUUGGGGAGGCGAUGUCAGCGAGGACACCGCUCGGACGUUGGCGGGUUUGCGUCAUGCGCUGGCGCAGCGGCGGCCCUUUGCGUCGAUGCAGCCGUGGCGCACGCAGGAUUUGAUGGUGGAGCAUGUGCCACGGUUGUAUGGCCUGGAGGGACAUCACCGCUGUCACGGCAGCAGCUUGCGCAUCUACAUGUACCAGCUGCCGCAGUACGCUUACAUGCUGAAGCCUGUGUUGCGCUGCUCCCAGAAGAUGUCCCAGUGCUCGGCGUCGGUGCACCUGCACCGGUGGCUGAUGAGCGGCAGCUGCCGGACCGAAAGCCCAGAAGAGGCGGACCUGUUCUAUUUUCCGGCCUAUGAGGCGUGCUACAACGAGACGGCCUGCUCCAGCGGCGACACGGAGCGGUGCUUUCCACAGAGCUUCGACCCGGAGGAGUUGCCCUUCUUCCACCGGAGGGGAGGGCAAGAUCACAUCUUUGUCUUUGCUUGCAACCUCUUGCCGUUCAUGGAUUUGAUCUCCAUUCGCACCAGGAAUUCGAUCAUGGUCACCGUGGAGUCCUUCCAGGCCGUCAACGUGGCAGGGCCCAACAUGCUCGCCUGGCUAGUCUAUUCCAAAGAUGUCUUGAUCCCAGGCUACAUCCCAGCUUGGCGGGUGUCUUCCAUGGUGGCUUUCUGCCGGCCGAUGAUCGAGCGCACGAUCCUGGCCACCUUCCACGGCCACUCCCGCAGCAGCGAGAAGGUGGGGCAUAUGUACAAGAGGAGCUUGAUGUCGGAGGUGCGGGAUCGGAUCAUCAGCUACUUCGGGCAGAACUCCUGCUGCUCCGCGGGCCCUCCUGUGCGUGACUACUUCCGGCGCUCGGGGCUCAGCCGCUUCUGCCUCAUCCCCGCGGGGCUCACGGCUUGGACCAUCCACCUUUAUGAAGCUUUCUUCUUUGGCUGUGUUCCGGUGAUCUUGUCUGACGACCUGACCGUGCCGUUCCAGGACGUCAUCGACUGGACCAAGGUUUCGAUCAAGGUGCCCACGAAUCUCACCAUGGAGGAGCUCCAUCAGAAGCUCUUGAGCGUGAGAUUUGGCACCUUGAAGAGGAUGCAUCAAGCGCUCAAGGAUGCACGCUGCUGGUUCGACUACAGUCGAGGUUGGGGCAUCGAAGGGCAGCACGAGAACGACUGCUCGCCCUACAACGGCCUCAUGCGCGGGCUCGCGAAGCGAGCCGCCGCGAUCAAGACCAGCGCGCACGCGUUGCCAAAGUAUUGGGAGCCGUCCACCGGGUGA